UUCUGUGCAGACAUGACAGCUUCUGGCACAUCUGCCUUUGAUUAGGUUGCAGGAGCAGCUUCACCACAAUUAAAUCACCUCGUUCUGAGAUCGAUAGAGGAAUAGAUAAAAGGGCUGACAAAUCAAUACAGCAAGUCAAUUUUGUUUCCCGAAUGAUUCUCUGAAUGCGGCUAUUCGAAUCUUUUUAUUUAAGUUUUCGAUACCAACUACGUGUUUCAACGAACUGACAUCAGCGUAAAUGCCAUGGCGCUCAGCUGCUCCUCGUUCUCAAUCAACGACAUCCUCACUCGAGGACGGGACGGUCGAGCGAACGGUUCAAGUGGCCAGCAUUUUGAGGAACAGUGCGCACAGAGAUUCGACACUUUGAACGAGAAAAGUGGAUCGCAGAUUAUCGGUAGCAGGAGUGCAAAAGGUCCCGCUUCCCCGCUCUCUGAUGAAAGUGAUAGUGUGAGCCAUUUCCGCCGCGGAAGAGAACCGUCAGAUCCCUGUUUGUUGAAGCCAGGUAGGAAUACCGAAUCAUGUGGCGAAGACUCAGCCGCGGAGGACGCAGAGUUCUCUGGCUACAGAGGAGAGAAACAGCUACCCAGUCGGGACCGGGCCAAGUCGAAGGAAGAGGAGGAGGAGGAAGAGGAAGACGAGAGGGUGAGCUGCCACAGAGACAUGGACCAGCAGCCCCGGGCCGAUAACAAAAAGCGCUCCCGGGCCGCUUUCUCGCACGCACAAGUCUACGAGCUGGAAAGCCGGUUUAACGUUCAGAGAUACCUGUCCGGUCCGGAGCGCGCGGACUUGGCUAGGGUUCUUAAACUGACCGAGACACAGGUGAAGAUUUGGUUUCAGAACCGGAGGUACAAAACCAAGAGGCGGCAGAUGGCUGCGGAGACGGUGCCCUGUAGCACCCCUCCCGCCGCCACUGCAGGGGCCAAGAAAGUGGCGGUGAAGGUUUUAGUGAGGGACAACCAGAAACAGUACCGGGCGGAAGAGCUACCCAACCACAACGCCCUGCCCCUCUACCAGGCGUAUCAGUACUACCCCUACCUGUACUGCUUCCAUCCCUGGCUUGCCAACGGGGCACUGUGCGGGGCCUUGCAUUAGCAUAGGCCUACAACUCCAGCAGGAAAACCACAAGAACUGAGUCUGCAUGGGUUAAGUGAUUCAUCGAUUUACUUGUUUAUGCUAAAAGAUAAAAAGACAAGAAACUC